AUGGCUAAAUUUACAAAAGCCUUUAGUCAAUUGGAUCAUAGUGACCUUGGCGAGGCGAUAGAGGCGUCCGUCACCGAUCAGCUGGUGGAGUCAGCGAAAUACAAACAGCAACUUGUGAAGAUGUUAGAUGUGUAUCAUGAUGAUUAUCUCAAACAAUCCGAAUCACUGGAUGCCAUCAUUGACAAGAGCGAAAAGGAAUACAUCGAGAGCUGGUCAAAAAUGUCCAAAGAUGGGAUGAACAGUAAAAAGAAUCACAAUACGGCAUUCUGCUACAAUAGAUUAAAUGAUUACGUUCUUCAGCUGACGACAGCAAACCAGUUCAAUGUUUCUCUAUCUACCGCAGUGCUUCCAAAAGUCAACUCUGAUGCAGAUCUCAUACGUCACGAAAUAUCAGAAUCAGGAAUAUCAGGUUUAUCAUGGCACUCCAAAAUCCUUAUAUCAAAGUUAUCGGAUCAGAUUCGGAAACUUGAGGUCAUCUCGAAGAGGUCAGCAUCCGAGAAGCCGAAGGGUAACCCCGAGUCCUUUGAAGCAAAGCAAUAUUCCUUCAGCAAACCCCAGCCAACAGCCGGAGGGGAUUUUGCUUUAAAUAAACUGGUGCUUAACUCUGCCACUGAGGGCGUCUUAAAAGAAAAGUAUGACUCACUCGCCAAAGAGAUCCAAACAUUGGAGACGGAAAUAAAUGUCGUCAAAGACCAGACCAACAGGUUAAAGAGGCAAUAUGAAAGCAUCAAGUCGAAUCAAUCAAGUAAAGCACACGAAACGUUACUGGAGAUUCACAAGUUACGCAAUGGCAACAGACAGAACGAGACGAAUCUCGCCUGCAAGAGAGCCCAGCUUCUGUUAUUUUCACCCGACUGGUUUAAGACUCGUCUUAGCAAUGGUCAUACUGUCAUGGCGUCCCCCGAGAGACGUGCUUCUGAAUCAGGCGAUUCCAUUCGAGAAAUGGGGGUGUCAAGUAAUGGCUCAAUCAACUCAAAGUCGCACGUCUUCCAGGAAUAUAAUUUUAUCAAACCGACAUUUUGUGACGAUUGUAAGGGCAUGCUGAAAGGUAAGACGUUAGUGGUAUUAUGA